GGCGAGGGGUCGAGCCGGCCCCGAGCUGGGAGCGCGGAUACAGCGGCUGUGGGCAAAGGAGCAGGAGUUGCGGGACACGCAAGAGCUGGCACGUGCAGAUAGUAUUGCAUUUGAUUCCUUCAGAAGAAACAGACAACAAUGAUUUGGUCAUGGAAGUAACUGCUGGAGUUGGUGGACAGGAAGCCAUGCUGUUCACUGCAGAGAUAUUUGAUAUGUAUCAACAAUAUGCUGCAUAUAAAAACUGGAGAUUUGAAAUACUGGAAUAUUUUCCAAGUGAAAUAGGUGGCCUGAGACAUGCAGCUGCCAGUAUAGCAGGUCUUGAAGCAUACAAGCAUAUGAAGUUUGAAGGAGGCGUGCAUCGUGUCCAACGAGUGCCAAAGACAGAAAAGCAAGGCCGUAUUCACACCAGUACAAUGACUAUCGCACUAUUACCCCAACCCAUGGAGAUCAAUCUGAUAAUUAAUCCUAAAGAUUUACAAAUUGAAACUAAGAGAGCCAGUGGAGCUGGGGGCCAGCAUGUAAAUACAACUGACAGUGCUGUACGGAUAGUUCAUAUUCCAACAGGUGUAGUGUCUGAAUGUCAACAAGAGAGAUCUCAAAUCAAAAAUAAAGAGAAGGCUUUGCAGAUGCUUCGUGCUAAACUAUACAGCAUCAAAGUAGAAGAAGAGACAACCAAGAGAUACAAUGCCAGAAAGAUUCAGAUUGGGACCAAAGGAAGAUCCGAGAAGAUCAGAACAUACAACUUUCCACAGGAUCGUGUAACUGAUCACAGGAUAAACAGAACAGUGCAUCAUAUUGAAAGUUUUAUGUUAGGGGAAGAACUGCUCGAUGAAAUGAUAACAUCCCUGAGGGAAUAUGCUGAUUAUGAAACUUUAAUGGAAAUUAUUUCAGAAAAUGUAAAAACAAAUCUGACCUGAACUUUGUUCUUUGCUAAGCCCUGUAAUGACAGAUAUGGCUAUCCUGACACAAAUUAGCUGCAUGGCUGUUUGCUGAAGCAUCACACAGGAGGUGUAAACUGCAUUUCAGAUCAUCAAAAAGGAUUAAUUUAUCUCUUCAUGACUGCUAAACAGUUUUUCCUACUUGCUGGAGUAGAAGACUAUAGACUUUUGUAUGAGAUGACUACAGUGUAGAAAAUCUAAAGUAAAUAUGAUUGAGUUUGAA